CGGCGGCGCAGCCCCGAGGACUCGAUCCGGGACCUGAAGAAGCUGAUAGCGGCGCAGACCGGCACCCGCUGGGACAAGAUCGUGCUCAAAAAAUGGUCAAAUUUGUUUUCCUUGACGGCGCCUCCAGAUGAGAUCCACGACGGGAUGAACCUGGAGCUCUACUACCAGUAGGGCCCCACCAGUCCGGACCAGUCCAGACCGGUCCAAACCGGUCCGGACCGGUCCAACCCAGUCCAGACCAGUCCAGCAGUCCCAGUGCUCCCAGUCCAAACCGGUCCGGACCGGUCCAACCCAGUCCAGACCAGUCCAGCAGUCCCAGUGCUCCCAGUCCGGACCAGUCCAACCCAGUCCAAACCAGUCCAGACCGGUCCAACCCAGUCCAGCAGUCCCAGUGCGCCCAGUCCAACCCAGUCCGGACCGGUCCAACCCAGUCCAGCCCAGUGCUCCCAGUAUAUCCCAGUACGGCCCAGUCCCCUCCCCCAUUUCCGGCCUGGCCCCGUUUGUUGAUCAAUAAAAGCGAUUUUUGGGCCUC